AUGGAUAAGCAUGACUCCGGAGUGAAGCCUAUCGUUUGGCCGACCGAGGAUAUCGACCUAAGACGGCAACGGGCAGAGGCGCGACUCCCUCAGGUUUCUGCUUACGGCGCAAAUACAACCUUAACUUUCUACGAGGCGUUUGAUAAGUACCCCGUGAAAGGGAAAUCGGUGCUGGUGGUGGGGAGUCAAGUCCCUUGGCUCGAGGCAAUUCUCUUGGCGUAUAAAGCUGGGUCGAUCACGACCGUUGAUUUUAACAAACCAGUUGCAGAUUAUCCCGAAUUGAGGCUGUGGAGUAUUCCCGAGCUGGACGCUACAGAUGAGACCUUUGACGUGGUAGCUUCUUAUUCGUCGCUGGAGCACGAUGGGCUGGGGAGAUAUGGCGAUCCGCUAAACCCGGAUGGGGAUCGGCUCAGAAUGAAGAAGAUCAGGGGCCUCCUCAAGCCAGGAGGGCUCUUCUUCCUGGGGCUCCCAGUGGGCAACGACACGCUGGUGUUCAAUGCGCAUCGGGUGUACGGUCCCAUCCGCAUGCCGCUCCUGCUCGAGGGAUGGAAGCUGCUGGGAGUGUUUGGGGUGUCCAGUCUCGAAGCAGCUUAUAGGGAGAACCUGAAAGCGCAACUUUUACAGCCGGUCAUGGUGCUGAGCUGGCAGUGGGUGGGUGCUGUGCUGAUGACUGAAGCCCACAGAUGCUCUUCCUCUCUUCCACCCACCUACUCGCUCGCCCGCCCCUCCCCCACCCACCCGUUGCCAUUCGCAUUCAAGAUCGCGCUGUGCCAGCUGGCGGUGGGUGCUGACAAGGCGCGCAACAUCGAGCAUGCGAGGGACGUGAUUGGCCGCGCUGCGGACCAGGGCGCUAGGCUCGUGCUGCUGCCGGAAAUGUGGAACUGCCCUUAUUCCAACGACAAUUUCCCCACUUACGCGGAGGAAAUUUCCCCGGAAGAUUCCUUCGCCUCCUCCCCCUCCGCUGCGAUGCUCGCUGACGUGGCGGGCCGGCACGGCGUGACUGUAGUGGGAGGUUCCAUUCCCGAGAGGAGGGAGGGGCGGCUGUACAACACGUGCCUUGUGUUUGGCAGCAAGGGGGAGUUGAAGGGUCGGUUCAGCAAGCUACAUUUGUUUGACAUUGACAUCCCGGGGAAGAUCACAUUCAAGGAGUCUGACACGCUCACACGUGGCGAGCACCCAUUGGUCAUUGACACAGACGUGGCGCGGGUGGCGGUGGGCAUAUGCUACGACAUCCGCUUCCCUGAGCUCGCAAUGCUCUAUGCCGCUCGAGGCGCACAGCUCAUCUGCUACCCGGGUGCCUUCAACAUGACUACGGGACCGCUGCACUGGCAGCUGCUACAGCAGGCCAGGUGGGUGGGUGGGUGGUUGUUUGUUGCCACGUGUUCACCUGCCCGGGAUGACUCAGCAUCGUACCGAGCCUGGGGUCACUCCACCCUGGUUGGGCCGUUUGGGGAGAUAGUGGCAACAACAGAGCAUGAGGAGGCGGUGGUGGUGGGAGAGGCGAGGUAG